AUGGCGGCGGUCGGGCUUAGGGCGUCUUAUCACCGGACUCUGGAUAAAAUCGAGCUCAUGCUGCCUCCCAGGAUGAGACCCUUUUACAAUCACCCGGCAGGACCCAAGACUGUGUUUUUCUGGGCUCCUAUAAUGAAAUGGGGGCUGGUGAUUGCUGGAUUAGCGGACAUGACAAGACCUGCAGAAAAAUUGAGUCCUGCCCAGUCUGGUGUACUAACGGCUACAGGACUGAUAUGGUCACGAUAUUCUUUAGUGAUUAUACCGAAAAACUGGUCUCUGUUCGCUGUUAACUUCUUUGUUGGCUGUGCGGGAGGUUCCCAGCUGUUUAGAAUAUGGAGGUACAAUCAGGAACUAAAAGCCGCUGCCACUGAAGAACAACUGAAAGCAGAGCCUUGA